ACUUAACACAACUGAGUCAGUAUCACUCGAAGACUCGAACGUGCCGCAAGUCAUUUCAGUGAGUUUCAUUUCAAACGAUAGAAAAACAACGCAUCGUCCCUCACGAUCGUUUUUUUUUUUUCGAUACAUUCAAAACAGUGUUCGACGUUCGACAUUCGAAUUUCGGUUAGUGGUUCCGUUUGCGAAAAAAAAUUGCCGAAUUACUUCGCAUGAAAAAGUGAAAAAGUGUCCGAACGGAUCGAUAGACAAAUCGGUGAAAUUAACGGCGUUCGCAUUCGGCGGGGAGGUUGGAGAGAAUAUUGCAAAUUUGGCGGACCAGAGUUUCCAGCAAUUUUCACCGGUUAAGCGCGUGUCGCGCUUAAACCGCAAGAAAACCAAACCGAUGAAGCUGAUGGACGCCAAGAUGGAACCUCUGACGCCACCCCACACGCCUCCUUCGUCCGCAGGGGGGGCCGAUCAAUUGAUCCACCCUCACCGAACGUCGGCCGGUGCACCUCCGCAGUGGAUUCGCUCGCCCCCGCAGCAUCUUACGCCGCAGCAGCAUCCGAACGGGUCGUCUCACGCCGCCCUUUUGGACCACUGGCUAAGAGGUGCCGCCCUUUUGGCGGCCAGAGGAUGUUGUCCUCAACCCGCACCCCACGCGCAUCCCCAUUCUCACCUUCAUCCGGGUGGGCAUCAUCCGUAUUCGCAUCCGGCACACCGUCAUCAGCAUCCCCAUCAACAUCAGCAUCCUCAUGCGCAUCCCGCCGCCGGACAUCCCGGACAUCCCGCGCAUAUUUCCAAUUCAACGGGACACGGAAUGCAUCCGGGACUACCGGUUCCUCCGCCGGCGUCCUUCAUGACCCGAAGAGUGCCCGGGCAACGACCGAAAAAACAAUUCAUAUGCAAGUUUUGCAAUCGACAAUUCACCAAGAGUUACAAUCUUCUGAUUCACGAAAGAACUCACACGGACGAACGACCCUACAGCUGUGAUAUUUGCGGCAAGGCCUUCCGGAGGCAGGAUCAUCUCAGGGAUCAUCGGUACAUCCACAGUAAGGAGAAGCCGUUUAAAUGCGGUGAAUGCGGCAAAGGAUUCUGCCAGAGCAGAACCCUGGCGGUCCACAAGAUACUUCACAUGGAAGAAUCGCCCCACAAAUGUCCAGUUUGUGCGAGAAGUUUCAACCAGAGAAGCAACCUGAAAACUCAUUUACUGACUCACACGGACGUACCUCAAGAUCUCAGGGUGGAUCAGGCGCAAAGCGUAACGACGACAACGGUUCCUCCCGUUGUUUCAAACGCGGUUCCGAGCGUCAGGCAUAACAAUAAUAACGUUAACAUCAACAACAACAACAACGUCAACAACAACAACAACAACAACAACGUUGUUCGACAACUGGAGAGAAAUAUUACCAGCAGUUCACUGCACGCCAAUCAGAAAACCUCAAAAACGCCAAAGUUGGGAUUUAGUAUAGAAGAUAUCAUGAAACGCUAGAUUGUAGGAUCCACAAAAUUUUCACAGUAUUACGUAAUUUUAGUAUAAUUUUCGAGUAUAUAUAUAUACGCAUAUAAUAUAUAAUAUAUUAUGUAUAGUUAGAUGGACAGGUACGUUUAAUUUCCUAUUUUUUGUUUUCUUUUCUCACGUUAUAUACUAGUUGCGGACGCAUCCCAAUUUUGUUGUUAAAAAAAAAAAAAAUCGGUAAUUCUGAUAUCGCAGUUUUCUUCUCUCUUUUUCUUUUUUUUUUUCGUUGAACAUUGAAAAAAUUCGUAUAAUUCAAAUUUGAUGACAUUCACGACAGAUGAAGAUUCGAAGCAAAUUAUCCAUUUGUAAAACUUUGAUAACCGAUCGAAAUUUUGAAUUUUGUAGAGAUGUAUCCUGAAUGGUCUGCUUAUAUCAAUUCGUAAUAUAGUCUCUCUCUCGUCAUUGUCGUAAAUAAUUGUAUACAUACAAUAUGCUAGGACUCAUACACUAUUGUUUGUAUAUAGAAGGCAGAUUUGAGCCGUGCGGGAAAGAGAGAAAAACUCGAGAAUAUUCGCGAGAAGAAGAAACAACAACGGGAUGAUAUUACAAUGACGUAUGCGUGUAAAGAAAAACGUAUAGUUCAAGCGCACGACUUUCGUAUUCCAAGCAAAUAAUUAUUAUGAUUAUUUUUUCUUUUGGUUUUUAGUUGGUUUUUGUUAGCUUUUUUUUUUUUUUGCGUUACCUUUAAAUCUAGAUGAAGCUGGCCUUCGCGUUUUUGUCAUCCUCGUCGUCGUCGCCGUUGUUGUAUAGAUAUAUGUUGUUCCUUUUUUUUCCUCCGUAUCUUCGGUCGAGAAAAGUGUGAAAAUAGAGGACCGCAUCGUAUCUAGAUGAAAUAGAAAACAUGUAAAAAGAGAGGAAGAAAAAAAAAAAUUAAGAUAAGAAUCUCGCGCGAGUAAAGGAGGGACGGAAGCGUCGAAUUUUGGGGUGCGAUCCCACCCCGCCGCCCUACCGUAUAUAGUUUUCAAACUAGAAAUCUCGAGUCCUCCCGAAAAGCUAGGAUAGUAUAUAUGCAUCAUCCUGUAAAUAGUUAUUCCCUACGUCCACGUACUUAUUUAUCGCUGUCCCUUAUUCUUUUUCUUCUCCUUUUCGUCCAAGCGAACGAACGAACGAACGAACGAACCAUCUCGGGGAUCCGGACCACCCGCACACCAGUUCUUCUUUAUUUCCUUUCUUUCUUUAUUUCUGUACAUAAGACCAAUUUUUACGUGAGCCGUUCAGCACUACGCACCGUGUCGUCUGUCCCUCGACUAAAGUUACCUCUAAUUUAAGAUGAAUGUACCAUAGACUUUUUCCUAUAUAUAUAGGUAUACAAAUAUAUAGAUAGGUAGAUAUAAAUCGUCCCUUAGCUGUUACCACCUUAUCUGAAUGUUAGUAAAGUUAAGUUAACUUAUACAUAUGCAGCUAUAAUACACUUUCUUCUUUUUCUUUUUUUUUUUUUUUUCUCUUCGAGCUCCAAGUAUUAUACCUUGCACAUACCCCAGUCUCUAUAAACCGAUAUCGCGCGUAGACUCGAGGCACGAAAACAAAGAGGAGAAAAAAAAAAAGGAUAAAAGAAAAAAGUUUAAUGUUACCAUCCUAUACAACUUAGAUACCAAAACAUCGCCCUAGUCGACUGUAUUAAAGAUUUAUUGUUAUUACUAGAAUAUAUAGACAGAAAAUGAGAUCAAUAAAAUUUUGGUUUUUUUCUUUCUUUAAA